AUGAUUAAUUUUACUUCACCACAUACAAACGAUCCAAUUAAAAAACUUCAAAAUUUGUUAAAUAAUUGUUUACAUUCAAUAAUAGAUGUAUUUAGUAACUUAUCUUACAAAGGAGAAUAUAAAGAAUUAGAAAUUGAACCUGAAGAAUCAAGCGAAUAUUCAUACUUUAUAAAUUUGUUAAAAGAAAGAGAAAACAAAAAUAAAGAAGAAAUAAAAGAUGAAAAAGAAACAAAUAAUGAAAAAGAAACAAAUGAUGAAAAACAAACAAAUGAUGAAAAACAAACAAAUGAUGAAUUAGAACCUCUAAAUAAAGAUGAAGAAAAAAAUUAUUUCAUUAAACCAAAAUUUGAAAAAUCGUUAAAAGAAGAAAUUUUAGAUAGAGUGGAAAGAAUGAAUUUAAUUUUAAAAACAAUAGAUGAGUGUAUUGAUGAAUUGCCAGAUUCUUUAAUAAUAGAAGAAGAAAAAUGUAAGGAAAUAAAAAUGCUACAAAAAAAAAAAGACGCUGCAAAGGAUGAAUUAAAAAAUUUGUAUAAUGAAUAUGAUUAUAUCUAUAAUUACGUUACAUAUUAUUUAAGAGAUUUGAUUACAAAUAUAAAAUAA